ACUAGGCCUGCUAGGGGAGGACACUCUCAGAUAUUUUAAAAAUAAAACUUGAUUGAAGAAACCCACUUGCUACUAAGUUAACUUCCUCUACUCAGUGGUCGUUGUGAUGCUUUCAGAUUUAGUUAUAUAAUUAAGUAUUACUGACUGCAUCCUAAACAUAUUGCUCGGCAAUGAAGUAUCUCAUUUUCUUUAAUAGCUUUUUAUACAAAGUUCCAUUCUUUCAAAUUAGUUCAAUUAAGCUAUUUUCCACCAAGUCCAAGGUAGGUAGUAAAAGUAAAAGUUACAUUUACAUCAAUUACAAACCGACUGAUACAAGUGAUAGUAGUGAGUGUAAGUAGUAUUAUAUAUAUUAUAUAGAUAUAUAUAUAUAUAUAUAACAUUACAUAUAAUAUGACUUACAUUAGUUAGCCUACGUCACAUAAUUACUCAUAUUACACGAAGUGUCUACACAUCCAGCGCGCCGGACAAAUAGUGCGGGAGAUAUACAUCCGACUGGCAUGUCACUUGACCGUCGCACAACUGUCCUGGAAGGCGUUAUUAUUCCGGCAGGUCAUGUGUAAGUGGUCGCCGGCAAAAUAGUUGCAUUGCAUUUGAUAUUCUGAUCCCUAGAUAAUGAAUAAAUGCUGAACGUGUAAAUAUAUUCAAAUGCCCUGAGAUACAUAAAGUGUUUGACUUUGAAUAUUAAACUAGUUCGCCUACAUACUAACUAGUAGUACUAUUACUACUACUAUUACUAGCCUAUUUGAUUCCGACUCUUCAAAGAAAAAAGUCCCUUAUCUUGGUUAAACAUUUUGUAAAGCUCUACCUUGACUUGAAGCCUAAAUUUAAAAUAUGAACAAAAUAAAAUAAGACCAGUAGACUUCAACAGACCUAUGUCACUAUGUCAAUGAAGUUGUAUUUCAAGAUUAGUAUUGCUUGAGAAGUAGGCUAGGCUACCACUAUAACAUCCCUAUAUUAUGAUCUAGGGUCUAUUUCUUUGUGAACUAUCUGCCUCCUUAAUUUUUUAUCAUCCUCACUAUUAUUUUUUUUUUAGCAUUUGUAUUUUUUUUAUUGCCGUAAUUCUCUCGCCCUCUCAGCUUUGCUUCCUUCUAGAAUGCAUUAUUGCUAUCCCCCAAUUUGUUUUGGUAUUUUUUUCUAUUAUUUGUUUGCUAGAUACUCAGUACUUGAUAGAGAGAUAGAUUUUAAAAUUAACAAUAGUUUUGCAUCAUUCGCGAUCACGUGACAAGGCUGACGGACAACUAUCUCACAUCACAUUGUUACCGAGGUCAUGUGACUUGGAUGCCGGACAAAUAUCUUGAUAAACUCGGAUUAAGUAUUCGACGGGCGGUCAUGUGACUUGGUCGCCGGACAAAUAGUGCGUGAGAAAUACGUCCGGCAAUUAAUUUUAACUGUGGACAAUGAAUUGAUUAACUGUAACCUAAUUAAAAUUAUUAUUAUUCAUUCAAAAAAAUAAGUUAUACGAAUUUAAGAAAGUUUAAGAAACAUUUUACUUUAAAAAAUUACUUAAUUUUAUACUUCUUUAACUUUCUUAUUAAUUAUUACUUUUUUUUAAAAAUAUAUUUUACCUACUAUAUUAUCUGGACUCAAAUUUACAUCAAUAUCAUUGUUUGCAUUUUUAAAAAAUAAAUUUACUGAUGUUUCAUUUACCUUACUGACUGUUAACAAAUGAUAAUUUUUUAAAAUGUUCUUAUAAUGUAAGACUUCAGGGAUAAUUUAGACUUAAUUUUAUGUCAAUACUCAUGAAUGUUAACAAAGUUUAAAUAACAACUUUGAAUUGUAGGCCUAUUUUUUAUUUUCAGGUUCCAGAUAAACCAGUAUGGGAUAAAAUUGAUUUCAAUAGCUUACCUAAGGUAGUAUCACUAGUAAAUCAUCAAACUUUCUCAUAUAUUCAUAAAAGAAAGCGUUGAGUUCAAACAUAUUUGUACUAGUAAAAGUCAAUUCCAAUUUAUUUUCCUGUUAAGAAAUAACUUUAAAAAAUAAGAGCUAAACUUUUAAUUCAGGCAGUGGAGUAGCCAGAGGUUGUGAUGCCCAGGGUCGUCUUGCAAUUUGUCAUCCCUAAUUAACAAAAACAAGUGCACACAGAAUACAUAUAAAAUAUAAUUAAUUCAAGUGUUUGAAGUGGACAAAAAAGUAUUAUCCAGGGCAAACCACCCUCUCCACCCUCCUCUUCCUACACCCAGGGCUUCAGACAGUUGAAAAAAAUAAACAAAUGGAAUAAUAACACGCUGAGAUUAAAAACUAUAAUGUUGGUUACCCAUUGAAUAUAUUUUUUCAGGUCCCUGAAAUUGAUCUCGAACUUGUUGAACAGCUAGAAAGAAUUUCUUUAGUUGAAUUCAACAAUGAGGAAGGAUAUAUAUCAUUGCAGAAUGCUGUACGCUCAGCAAAUUUGUUGCAUGCUAUAAAUACAGAAGGAGUGGAGCCAUUGGAUUCAGUUCUUGAAGAAAGGUUUCUAUUUAUUAAGUCCCCUAUCAUUCCAUUGAUCUCCUAAUCUUUGAAAUUUUUCUCCCAUCAUUAGUUAUUUUCUCCUAUCAUUAGCUAUUUAAUCAUAUCAUUAGCUUUUUUUGUCCUACUUAAGAUGUUAUGAUCACAUUAAUUACAAACUAUUUAUAUUUUUGUUUUAGACAGAAACUCUCUUCAGUUGUGCAUAUGAACAUAUAAUACUGGGGAGUUCUUAUUUCUGUUUUCCUAUGUCAUUAUUGAAAGUUAAAUUAUCAACAGGUAUAUUUAACAUGUUUUAAACUCAGAAUGUUGAAUUAUAUUUGGAUAUCUUUUUAUCUCUUUAGAAAAUGAUUGCCGAUUGUCUUUUUUUAAUGAAAAAUAAUGAACAGUGAUUUUAAUUAUUUUUAUCACUUGGGCAGUUGAAAUUUAAAAAAGGCUAUAAAAAGAAAAAUGAAUAUUGGUUUAAAAUUGGAUUUCUUCAAAAGAUUAUUGGUUUUACCAAAGUAGAUAUCAGAUGAAAAAUAAUCAUAAGUGAUUUUAAUUAUUUUUUAUCACUUGGGCAGUUGAAAUUUAAAAAAUGCUAUAAAAAAGAAAAAUGGAUAUUGGUUUAAAAUUGGAUUUCUUCAAAAGAUUAUUGGUUUUACCAAAGUAGAUAUCAGAUAAAAGAAAUAUGUUUUCAAAACUUAGACUACUAAAUAGAAUCGUUUUAUUGCCUUCCUUUACUCAGGGAACUUUGGCUACGCGAAGAUAAAGUGACUGAAGGAAACUGCUUAAAAGAAAUUUUAAGUAAUGCGACAAAAGUUGAGGAACAGUAUUUUGUAGCUCCACCAGGUGAGUCAGUAAAAAAUGUGAACAAUGAUAUAAGACCUAUGACAUGCUACAAAAUUGUAGAUACCGGUAUCACACAAUGUUAACCAGUACCUCGUAACAACAAUCACUUUUAAGCUUAUUGAAUGUUUACAUUUCUUAAAACUUUUUUAUGAACACAAUAACAUUCCAAAUUUAAGUGAGCAUAUAUUUUUCCUUUAAAACAUGCAUUUUUUUGUAUUUAUUUCUUUAUAUUGAUGAUGAAGAGGAUAAUAAUGGGGAGACUAUGAUCAGGUUAGGUAAAUGAUAAUAAGUAGUACAAGGUAGGGGAAAUAAAGGGAGUGGGGAGACUUGGAUCAGGUUAGGUAAAAGUAAAAGAUAAUAAGUAGUACAAGGUAAGGGAAAUAAAGGGGGUGGGGAGACUUGCAUCAGGUUAGGCAAAAGAUAAUAAUUAGUACAUGGUAAGGAAAACCUGAAAAAAGGAAGCUGAUAUUAUCACGGAAGUUUUAAUUUAAAAUUAAUUAUUUUAUUUUCUUUCUGUUCUUAUCAUUUUAGCUUGUCAUUCUAUCUUGUAGGUUUUUUAAAAUAUCAUUUUUGUCAUGGAACCCAACAAUAUUUGCUGUACCCGCAUUUUAAGUGUUUCUUAGAAAUAUAUUUUAUUUGGAAAUUGCUUGGUUCUAAGUCAGCAUGCAAAUGUUGUUAUUCAAUGUUUCUUACUUAACAUUAUACGCGUUGUGUCAUGAUUUUUCUCACAGGAAACAUCCCCAUGAAACAAAGAGGCAAGCAUUUUUUGAAAAGUGUUGUCAAGGAACCAGAGACUUCGAGUUGAUAUGCAAUGUCAUGAAAAUAAGAGAGAAAAGUUUAUGGGGAAACUAGUGUAAAUAUAAUAAAGUGUAAUGUCAUCAAUCUAAACUAUAUUUAUUAAAAGAAUAAAUUUAUCCUGUGAGAAUUUAUUUUCAUUUUUUAAAAAUAAAUCCUUAUAGUAAC